AUGCUGGACCAGCCACAGCCGGAGCAUUGCCACGACGGAUUCGAGAGCCCGGAUGGGAGUGCUGCCGCCGACAUCAUAUUGUCUCAACCAGGUGUAGAUAUGUCUACCUUCUUGUCAUCGACGACAAACGACAGAAAGAACCACGAUUCCUAUUGUGCAGAGCUGUUAGAGUUCCAUGCCCCUGUAGCUCCCAGCCCAAGAAACCUCGCAGCCGACGAAGCUCGCCUAGGAGGAAUCGGGACAGCUAUUUUGCCUCGACACGAGGAGAACGUUCUAGUUUCAUUGUAUUUUCGCCAUGUGCAUCAUCUGUGUCCGGUCAUUGACGAGAGUGACUUUGCCAUACGAUACACAUUGCACCAACAGGGUGAUUUGUCGGCCAGAAUUGAAAUGAUACAGCUCCAGGCUAUGAUGUUCACAGCCAUCGCGCAUGCUACGGAGUUCCAGUUAAGACAGAUGCCGUUCUCAACGGUGUUGGAGGGCCAGACCGCUCUCCUUGAGAAUGUCAAGCAUCUUUACAAUCACGAUCAUUCUGUCAGCCACGUCACUCGAACCACAGUAUGUCUGUUAUUAAGUUUUUGGAGUCCCUACAAUUCCGACGCAUGUGUCAAUAGCUUCUGGCUUGAUCGGGCGUUUUUCCAUGCCCGAGAAGCCAGGCUCUGGGACCCCCUGUCCGACAGUGCAACUCCGCCUUCUCGCCGCAAGGUGAUAUGGUGGUGCUGCUUGGUUAGGGAUCGGAUCAUUGGUAUGGGCCUUCGUAGGCCUCAUCGGCUUCACACGACUGCACACGAACGCACGUGGCCAAUGGUGAGCAUGGCUGAUUUUGGCAGCGAAGUCAUUUGUUCCCAAUACAUGGACCGAAGAUCGAAACAAUUGAGGAUGAGUUCCUUCAUCUGGCUCUGUCACUUGAGCAUUCAGAUUGUGUCUAUCAUCGAAUUUCAGCGAGAGGCGAUGUUUUCAAGAACAUGGCGGACGGGACGUGAGAAUGUCAGCUCUGUAACAAAAAGGAUCGAAACUGUACUUGACAUCAAUCAUCGACUAGAUGUUCUAGAAUUGCAAUUCGAACUCGAUGGCAACUUAACGCUGCGCGGUGGAGACCCUCAAGUUGAUGUGGUGGCGGUCAAAACGCUGCAGGUGAUGAUCCAGUCCGUGAAUCCGCCUUUGAUUGUCGUUCGAGGUCACUAA